CCAAAACGGUGCGUUUUGAGUUCUGCCUAGUCGGCCGUCAGUCAGAGUUGGGUCAAAACGGUCUGUUUUCUGUCAUUUGUGCAGAAGCAGCAAGCAGAGGAAGCGAUGGAGACGAAGAGCAGCUCAGUCACGUUGCUCCACAAUGCUUUGAUCGUGACAAUGGAUUCCGAGACUCGAGUGUUCUACAACGGCGCGAUCGUCGUCGAAAAAGAUCGAAUCAUAGCCCUAGGUCAAUCUCACAACAUCUUCAACCAAUUCGCUCCUCUUGCUCAGAACGUCUUCGACCUUCACGGCCAAAUUCUACUUCCAGGAUUCAUCAACACUCAUGUUCACACCUCUCAACAGCUUGGCAGAGGAAUAGCCGAUGAUGUUGAUCUGAUGACUUGGUUGCAUGAACGGAUCUGGCCUUAUGAAUCCAACAUGACUGAGGAGGAUUCCUACAUUUCAACUUUACUUUGUGGGAUCGAACUCAUUCACUCUGGUGUAACUUGUUUCGCCGAAGCUGGAGGGCAACAUGUAUCAGAAAUGGCAAGAGCAGUGGAAUUACUGGGGUUACGUGCUUGUCUAGUACAGUCAACUAUGGAUUCUGGCCAGGGUUUGCCACCAUCUUGGGCAGAUCGAACUACAGAUGAUUGUAUUCAGCCUGUGGCUGAAGGCGUUAAUUUACUUUCUUUAAGUGCACAGUCUCAGAAGGAACUUUACGAGAAGCAUCAUGAUACUGCAGAUGGGCGCAUCAGAAUAUGGCUUGGAAUAAGGCAAAUUAUGAAUGCAACUGAUCGUUUACUACUUGAAACAAGAGAUGUAGCUAAAGAACUAAAAACUGGAAUCCACAUGCAUGUUGCAGAGAUAUCCUAUGAAAAUCAAGUUGUGAAAGAUACUCGAAAAGUUGAUUAUGGAACAGUUGCAUACUUGGAGAAGAUAGAUCUCCUAAAUGGCAAUUUGCUGGCAGCUCAUACUGUUUGGGUCAAUGACACUGAGAUUGGUUUUCUUUCAAGAGCUGGUGUUAAAGUAUCUCACUGUCCUGCUUCUGCAAUGCGGAUGCUAGGAUUUGCACCUAUUAAGGAAAUGCUUGAUGCUGGAAUUUGUGUCUCAUUGGGAACAGAUGGCGCACCAUCAAAUAACAGAAUGAGCAUUGUUGAUGACAUGUACCUUGCUUCUCUGAUUAACAAAGGACGGGAAGUUUAUAAACUUGGAACAACAGAUCCCACUGCUCUUCCUGCUGAAACAAUCCUCAAGAUGGCAACAAUCAAUGGUGCAAAAACAGUACUCUGGGAAAACGAAAUAGGUUCACUUGAGAUCGGGAAAAAGGCUGACAUGAUCAUAAUCAAUCCUUUCUCUUGGUCUAUGGCUCCUGUUCAUGACUGCAUUUCCAGCCUUGUGUAUAGCAUGCGAUCUGAAAAUAUUGUCUCAGUCAUGUGCAAUGGCCAGUGGAUCAUGAAGGAUGGAAAGAUCUUGAACGUGAAUGAGGGAGAAGUUAUUUCAAUGGCAAGGAAAGCUUCAAGUGAACUUCUGAAGAGGGCAGGCAUUAGAAUUCCUAAGAGAAUGAAUAUGAUUUGAUAGUUGUUUCUUCCUAAAAGCCCACUCCUUGUAUCAUACUCGGGUGUUUUGUUGGAAUGUUUCUUCGAGCCCACUCCUUGUAUCAUACUUUCAUGUGUUUUGUUGGAAUGUUUCUUCCUAAAUGUUCGUUCCUUGUUAAGGAUGAAAAUAUCGGUAAUCA